AUGUUUGGAGUGAAAUCUAUUUCCAUUGAUCCAAAUCAAGGGAAGGUGAUAGUUGUUGGUACUGUGAAUUCUAUGAAACUAAUUAAACUUCUUCAGAAGCUGGGAAAAAAGGCACAACUUUGGUUUUUUGACAAAGAACCAAAAAAUAAGAAAGAAUGUUCUCAUGCCAAAGAUAAGCAUCAUUCUCGUGGUUGUCAUGAGAGCAGUGACACUGAGGAUGUUUCUCAAGCUGAUCAUGGUAAUAAACUUAGGACACAUCAACAUAAAAAAAACAAGAAAAUUCAUGACAAACAUAAGCAUCAUUCUACUGAUUGUCAUGAGAGUAGUGACACUGAGAAUGUUUCUCAAACUGAUCAUGGUCAUAAUAAACAUAGGGCACAUCAACAUCAAAAAAACAUGAAGAUGCAUGGCAAACAUAAGCAUCAUUCUAGUGGCUGUCAUGAGAGGAGCGACACUGAGGAUGUUUCUCAAACUGAUCAUGGUCAUAAAUAUAAGACACAUCAAAAGAACAAGAAAAUGCAUGACAAACAUAAUAACAUGGUUGGUUUUGGUAAUCAACAUAGACCACCGCGGCCGCUGCCACCAUCCAACUACCAACCAUUCCCAGGAUAUCACAACUAUCCCCCAACAAUGCAUAGGUACCAACCUCAACAUGGAGCAUAUGCAAUGCCGCCGCCGCCUUUGAUGUAUCCGGGACCAAGGCCUCCGUAUCCGGGACCAUACCAUGCACCGGGUCAGCCAUGGGGAACUUAUGGACCUUAUGGCUCAAUGUUUCCAAAUUACAAUCCCAUGGUGCACUACAACAGUUAUGAAGACAAUUAUCGAUAUCCUAUAUAGAUAAUAGCUGAAAUGUAACAAAUUUGCUUUUUUAAGAUUUAUAUUUUUGGUUACUGUCAUUUAAUUAUUUUGAUAUUAUCCGAUUAUGUUUCCACCAAUUCCAUUUACUAGCAUGCUUCUGAUGUAUAUGAAUUACUACAAAGUACUACAAUUAGAUAUUGACUUACAAGUUAUAAAAACCUACAGGAUAUUUGUCAUCUGAAAUAUUUAACCAACAAUGAAAUAUUGAAAACGGUAUUUGCAUU